UAUUUGUACAGCUUUUUUGCCAUAAAUUUUGGACCAUGCAGCAAAUCUCCUUCAAGUUUAUAACAAUCCACUCAUACAUAAAAAUGUAUCACAUUCCUACCAGAAAUUCGGGAACUUCGGACCCACCAAAAAAACGGAGUGGGUCAAAACCGUGUAGAGUCAUCAUUUUGGCUGGAUGUCUCAUUCUCCUGUAUUUUCUCACUUUUGGAAAUUUGGGAAUUACGGACUUGGACUGGAGAAAAGAUGCCUCGUCGACCGCAUUUGUAAAUGUUAAGACAGCUUCACCGUCAUCCGAAUUAACCCAAGAACCGGAAGUUGAAGCAGACACCCAGACUUCCCUUCCUGACGACCCUUUCCUCCAAGAGAUUCAAUUUGUGCAAGAAAAUUUCGAAAAAAUGGAGCAAACUGAUCCGAAACUGAUUCGCUACGUCCGAGCGAGAUAUUUGACACCACCCCCACCAAAAGAAAAACCGUAUAACUUAAAGUACCCAGAAUAUCAGAAGACCACGUUGGGAAAGUGGAUCAGGACAUUCUACAAGAACAAGCGCAACGGGGUCUUUUUCGAAGCUGGCGCAAACUCUGGCGAAAGUACGAAUACAAUCGAGUUGGAAAUCGAACUUGGGUGGAGUGGAAUUUUGGUCGAGUGCAACCCCAGAAUAACUCCGGAAUUGAGAAACGUGGCGAGAAAAACGUGGAUAGCGACGGUCUGCUUGUCGAUGAGCGGAUAUCCAAAAGUGGAGAACAUGUCCAUCCCGACGACGUGGACGUACAGCGCGAGACUCGGCCCGGCCUGGGACCUGGGAAAAUUCGGCGUCAAUUCGACUUGGUCAUAUCUCGAUGGGAUCGAAUCUGUCCCGCUGUAUUCCAUCUUAGCAGCUGCUGGAAUACAGGAAAUUGAUUAUUUCUCUUUUGAUAUUGAGGGUGCAGAAUUCGCCGUUCUUAAAAGUUUCCCCUUUGAUAAGGUGGUUAUCAAGUUUACUUUUACUCGGCUGAAGAAAAAGUGGAAUUGACAGAAUUAUUGAAACGAAAUGGGCUCAUUUUCAUCCGAAAUAUUGAAAUGGAUCAGAUUUAUGUGCAUGAAAGCGUCAUGGCUGAAAUGGACGUGGGGGUUGAGGACUUGGCAAAGUUGUAGUUAUCAAAAUAAAUAAAUAAAAUAUUGGUGUGUUGUAUUUUCGGUAAUUAACGAAUGCUGAUAUUAUCAAUUUCAUUGUGAUCUGCAUUGUUCUCAACAUUUUGUCCCGAUUAUAUUGAAAUUCUUGUCCCCAAGACUUGGGACAAAAUUUACCAUAAAGGACGUAACUAUGACGUAGCUAUAUUUUUAACACAUUGAUAAAUUCAGAAAUUUUGCACCACAAAAAAAAUUAUCCUGAAAAAACUAGCGAAGUUCUUUGCAUGCAACAAAAUCGAAUCAAAUAAAUCACGAAAAUGAUGCAAAAUGGA